UGUUGUUGUUAUUAUUAUUAUUAUUAUUAUUUAUUAAGCUCAUUGACUUACUAGUGAAAAUUCCGUAUUAGUCUUAUAAGAUUACAACCGAAACAGAAAAAAAAUUUAGCAAUGAAAUACCCCACAUAAUGAGAGCAUUUUAAUGUCAUGUGUGGAAAGCUACUGGUAGUUAAGAAGAUAUGCUGUAGUGAAAUCCCAAUGACAAACAUAAUGUACAUGCGACUAUACAUUACGUGCUAACCGUUUGGGUUUUGUAUUGAUCCGCUUCAUUUACAGGGGUAAAAGAAUUCGUUACAUUGCUAUAUAACACCUUUUUAUCGUGUCUUUUUAUCUUUUUGUCUUUCACUUACGUGAAAAAUGAAGUGAAAUGUAUUGUUAGUAUAUUGGUCAUCUUUAUAUAUAAUUUGUUCCACUAAACGUAUUUGGUAACAUUUGUCACUGAAAUCACCAAAAGUCACGAAAUCAAAAGAAGUACGGCUUGGUAUUAUUGAGGGGCUUCCUCGAUCGUCAAAACAGAGGUAACGUCAGAAAAAUAAACAUAUUUCUCACAAACGCCUGCCAUUCAAUUGUUUCUGCUAGUUGGUGGAGUAACCUUGAAGUAUCGAGGUUUUUUAAGAUAAUAGCUGUACGGAUGAAGGCAUACGCGUAGCUUUCACGAGUAACCGGUAACUUUUUGGUGAGUUAUCAGACUGGGUUCGACUUCUGUUUGAAGAACUGGGAAUUUUUGCUUUCGAGUAGCUUUUUCUCUCAUUGUUUAGUAUAUUUCUCAGUAUAGAGAAUAUUUCUUCAGGGGUAUUUUGAUAUCUUCAUUAAUGGAAAAUAUUGGUGUAAAGGUUUCUUUCGAGAUAACGCAGAUUAAAUCUUGCUUCAUCUGCGAGGAAUAAAAAAUAUUAAUGUGGGUGCUUAAAUUUAUAUUCGGCGAAGGCUAAAAGUCCAAAAAGUAACUAAGUACUGAUUCGCAUAAGCAAACAAGUUAUGUUUAGGAGAUGUUAGUCAUUUUUGCCGCGCAGGCCGAAGCUGUAGACAAGUGGCAAGUGCUUAAGUUGUUUUGCUAAGUAUGUAUGUAUGGCAAUCUAAAUCUUUGCAGCGCAAGAAACGGACCCAGUUUACGACAUCCGGAAGCCGUUCGCGUUCAAUCUUUCCAAUCUGAUACCUGGGAUAAAGUUGGCAAUCUAUCUCUCAAAAGCAACUCAUCACGCUUUUCGGAAUUAUUUUGUUGUAUACGUUUCUUUGACUUAGUUCGAUGUUCUGAACUUCUAGAUUAUGGAUGAAAGUUAUUUGUUGCAGUGAAUUCUUAAUACUCAACCACUUUAUGCUCUAAAUGUUUCCUUUGCAUAAAUACUAAAAUAGCAUUUGGCAGGAUACAGACAAUUAAUUACAUCUGCGUUUGACAUAAAAUCUACUAUAUGCAUAAUGCAAAAUCAUAUGAGCCAAGAGUGAAGUGUCGUAACACCUUUUGGUGCUAACAAGGUGAAAAUCUGCGGGUGAGAGAGGUGAUGGUGCUGAGGCGGAACUAAAGGAGAACGAUGGGCGCACUAAAGUGGCUUAUAAUGUUUAUUUUUGCAACAAAUUGGAGUGAGGAAGAGGCAGUAUGUAAACAAGGAGCGACGCCACAGCCUGGAGAUCUUUAUGCUUGUAAGUCAAACCCCUUAACAACAAACAGUUCCGUCAUAUUAGAUGAAGUCACGUCAGUUGGUGCUAAAGGAAGAGGAAGUUUCCAAAGACGUAUUGUUCUCGACACAACUUUGUGCCCUUCACGUUCGUCUUCAAACCAAUAUCUUGAGAUAAAGUUGAAAUAUUUUUACGAUGUGUGCGCGGUCACCACGUGGACGGACAUUUCAAGACUUACAGACACAAACUUCAAGAUUAAAGUUUCUUAUAAUGGACACUUCUGGGACUACUACCGUGAGAUGGGAAAAGUGAAGGUGUUUCAAGGAGCUGGGAACAAAUGUAACAUAUCUUUACACCAUCUCCAUCUGACAACAAAGUAUAUUCGUUUCUAUCCUGUGAAAUGGGAUAAGGGGAGUUGUCUUCAGUUCAACAUACAAGGAAAUAUUGCUUCAUGCAAAAGCUCAGAAAGGCGACUGGAUCUGUGGUGUAGGAAUGGACCACUUCGUAACAAUGUGUCCAACGCAAGAUGUUCCGGUGACCUUAGAGCCAGAUUUGACAGGGGCAAAAGUUCACCAAUCAAGCUGUGGCGAUGUUAUUAUGAAUCAGCCCUGACGUCAGAUUUUAGCGGCUACAAUGACACACUGAAAAGCUCUUGCUACGUACUCAGGCAUUUUCAGCUGCAACAAGUAUCAAAAACUUGUACAAAGACCUCCUCCAGGACAAUCGAAUGUUGUUCGCCUGCACAGCGAGAAAAUGAAAGAGAAGAGAAGCUGAAUAUCUCAGAGUACAUAGCAGACUUUUCUCAGUUGACAAACGCUUACGAAACAACAGCUCAAAUGUCUUCAGAGGACAUUCUCGACGUAGUGCGGCUUCUUGAGAAUGUGACACCAAACGAGCUCUUAAGGAAUGCUACUCAACAAAACAGAGACCUGUUUGCAAAGACAUAUCUGGGGCUCUCAAGCACAUUAUUCAACGAAACCAAUAUUCCAACCUGGAGAAAUCUUCAGAAUUCUACAACUUUGAGUAGGCUAUUGAAGGUAGUAGAGGAAUUUGGUGUAGCAUUUACCAAGUAUCUGGAUUGUGACAAUGAAACAGAAAAUAAAAGGACAUUUUCCUUCUCGAACAUCAAAUUUAUUGCCAAGUCAUGUGUCGACAAGAGAUCCUUUCCAAUAACGUUGUCUUCCAUUCAAGGAUGCAACUCAGACAAUGAUUCAUCCUACUCUUGUAACGCAUCAAGCAACGUUAUGGACAGUGCUAUAAUUCCUGAAUUUUUAUUGAACGAAAAUCAACGAUGGCAAUUGUCAUUUGUUUCAUACAAAAACGCGCACAGGAUAUUUGCUGUUGAUUCAACCAAGGGAAACGUCAAGCUAGAGACUGUCAAGGUGGACAGCCGCGUUAUGUCGUUGACUGUGAAACCUGAUGGGUUAAUUUCUAACGAAAACCCUGUUGUCUUGACUUUUAAGCCAUUUUCACGGAAGCCAGGAAGAGUGAAAAAUUUUCACUGUGGAUUUUGGAACUUUAGUAUUGAUGAGACACCAAACGGAGCCUGGUCAACUGACGGAUGUAUUGUGCUGUCAACCAACACGUCACAAGUUACGUGUCAGUGUACACAUCUGACCAACUUUGCUUUACUUGUUCAAGUGAAUCCAGACUAUCAAACCCAAGGGAUACACAAACAUGUUCUGAAAUGGAUGACCUACCUGGGAUGUUCGCUGUCAUUGGCUGCAGAGAUACUCUGCUUGUUGACAUUCAUCCUGUUGGCGAAAGUUAAGGAAAUUAGAGUUAAAAUCCAUAUCAACUUAGUUGGAUGCCUUGCAGUUGGUCAUCUAGUGUUUCUAAUUGGAGUGGAAAAUGCAGCUGGUCACAAGAUGAUAUGUAGCAUUGUUGCAGUUAGCAUUCAUUUCUUUUUCCUGGCCUCUUUCAUGUGGAUGCUGGUGGAAGGAAUUCAUCUCCUAUCGAGAGUGAAAACGGUUUUCAAACCAAUAAACAAAUUACGAGUAGCUUAUGCUUUAGCGUAUGGUCUACCAUUGGUCAUAGUUGGAAGUACUUUUGCGGCGAUGUUCAACGAGUAUGGAACCCUGAAACAUUGCUGGCUAUCCGUAUCAUCUGGUACAAUAUGGUCGUUCAUUGGCCCUGUUAGUACUAUUGUCUCGGUGAACAUAAUCGUACUGGCAUUUGUUCUGCACAGAUUGACGAAGACGAGAAUAUUUUCGAAACAUAGCGAUUGGAAAAAAAUACGAGUUACUGUUCGCGCCUCGUUAUUGAUGGUACCUCUGCUUGGGCUGAGUUGGUUCUUUGGACUUUUGGCCGUCAAUCAGGACACAAUAGUGUUUCAAUAUCUCUUUGUUGGAUUGAACUCACUUCAAGGAGUGUUUCUCUUUUUUUCCCAGUGUGUCGUUCACGAAGAGGUCAAGGCCGGCUUCAGAAAUAUCUUGAGAAGGAGACGAAUUACCCAGCAAGUGACCAGAAUAGUCAGCAAGGCUCGGUCGAACGCCCAAACGCCAGAAGACCACCAAAAACCACACAGACUCUCGCCGAAAGAAGCUUUUUCAGUACCCGGGACUACAGUGGUUGAUCACCGUAUCAAAGUAGUACAAACUGUUCGUUUGACUAAAGUCACCCAGAAAUCCCAAGAUAAUAACGGUGCGGUCAACAAAGUUUACCAACCGGAAUUUCCGUCGAAAGUCGCUUGGGGAAAAACAUCAUUAUAAACCUAGAACACAAAAUACCUCACGAAGAAUAAAAAUUAUUGGAUUAUUAUAGACAACGAUAUUUAGUUAACGAAACAGGCAAGGACAAGAAUGGAGUUGGGCGCCAGUUUCUUCAGUUCUUAUUGGUUUAAUAUUACUUUAGACUGCGUAGGAUUUUCUUCAGUUCUUAGGAAUGGACCAUCAUUUUUUUGACGGGGGGAGGGUGAGUUGGAGAACACUUCUUUUCCUUUUUUUAAUUUAAUUUAAUUUUUUUUUAUUUUAAUAAAGAACAUUUCUGGCUACGAACUUUUUUGGAGUGUCAGAUCCUGCUAGAAUUUUUUUCGUGGCUCCUUUUGCACGAUCAGUUUGUCACUUUUCAUUCGCAAGACCCUCCUCAAGAAAAAUGAUGGUCCAUCCCUUGUUGACUGUCAUUUUAACGUGCAGUCACGACAACAGAGCUGAGGUAAACGCAAGUGCUAUAAGCAAAAGCCUCUCAACUCUCUUUCAAGCCUUAGUCUCGUUGUAACAAUCGCGUUGCGGCUUCACCGAACCUGGUAACUAGUUAGAUUUUGUCUAGAAAGCAAUUUUUUUACUACCGUUUUUUAUUACUAAUUGGAAACAUUUGUUUCCAUUUAAAAGUAUUUUCAGUAAAAUAGCAGCACGGCUAUAUGCAUAAGCCUACUAAGGGAAGAACUAGGGACAUUUCACUUAGGUGUUCAUAACAGCGGACCCAAAAUAGGCAAGGAUGAAACAGUUGGUUUCUGAUCAAACGUUUCGAAGAAAUCGGCAAAGAUGAGUCACCGGGCCAACUGCAACACAAAUCGAAAAUGGACUAAAACCAGCGGUUGUGCCGACGACAAAAAGAGAAACAGAAUAAAAUAUAAAUCGAGGAAUAAAUAUGCCUUGUACAUUUUCACAGAUAUGUUUAAUUAUAAAUAAAAUAAAUAAAUAAAUUACAAAUUUACAGA